AUGGCUGUGCCAAACAAGGGAGAUCUUACAGCAUCUGAGAGGAAACUUUUGCAAUUAGUUGAGACAGGUGAUGUGCAAGAGGCGGGCCAACUGCUUGCGAGUGAAGAUGUACGAGUCAACUGUUUGGACGAGUGCGGGAUGACUCCAUUGAUGCACGCGGCCUACAAGGGCAAAGCCGAUAUGUGCCGCUUGUUGCUACAGCACGGGGCUGACGUCAACUGCAACCAACAUGAGUAUGGAUACACGGCCCUCAUGUUCGCUGGCUUGUCAGGAAAGACGGACAUCACGUCGAUGAUGCUGGACGCCGGGGCCGAAACCGAUCUAGUGAACUCCGUGGGUCGCACCGCCGCUCAAAUGGCAGCUUUCGUCGGCCAGCAUGACUGCGUGACAGUCAUCAACAACUUUUUUUCUCGGGCAAGCCUGGAGUACUACACCAGACCUCAGGGGCUGGAGAGAGAGCCCAAGCUUCCUGCGAGCUUAGCGGGACCCCUUCACAAGAUUAUCAUGACAACCAACCUCAACCCAGUCAAGAUAGUGAUGUUGGUGAGAGAGAACCCCCUUCUGGUGGAUGUCGUCGCCCUGAAAAAGUGUUACCACGUGAUGGACCUGCUGUGCGAGCAGUGCGUGAAGCAGCAAGACAUGAAUGAGGUUCUGGCCAUGAAGAUGCAUUACAUCAGCUGCAUCCUGCAGAAAUGUGUGAUCUUCCUACAGAAACAAGAUGAUAAGUUGGACGCUUUAGUGAAAAGUCUCCUAAGGGGGAGAGACAGUGACGGCUUCCCACAGUACCAGGAGAAAUUCAUUCGCGAAUGCAUCAGAAAGUUCCCGUACUGUGAGACGACACUGCUUCAGGAGCUGGUGAGGAGCAUUGCGCCGGUAGAGAUAGGCAACAACCCAACAGCGUACUCGGUGUUAACUCAGGCGCUGACGGGUCAGAUGGCCUUUGCGGAUGCCGAUUAUUGCGCCACAUGUGGAGAGCGGGGAGCUGAUAAACGCUGCUCCCUCUGCAAAUCUGUGACUUACUGCAGUUUGACAUGCCAAAAGCUCCAUUGGUUCACCCACAAAAAGAUGUGCAGGGUGAUGCAGGAGCAGAAUGCAGACCUGGAAAGGGACGCCCCAAAGCUGAAAGAGCUGAAAGAUGAUGAGAGCGACUUGGUAACGGAGACGGCCAACUUCCUUCAGGAAUUGUGCCUGCGGGCCGAGGAGACGGUGGCGGCUGCCGGCGGGUGCCCUGCCGAGCUGCUCGGCUGCCCUUCUGCCUCGCCGCAAGAACCGUCCGGUACCCAAGAAUGAGGAAAAACCAUCAGAGACGUCAAAAAUAUUCUUUUUUAAGUCCCAGAGCCGUGACUGGCCAAAAUCUGUCACGUGAGGCUACUGUUUGAGACACGGACCACCUCAUAUAGUUUUUAAGAUUAGGAGCUAAAUUAUUCUUAAAUUAUAUCAGCAAAGCAGCAGGUAAAAUGUUUUUCUUUCAGUAUGCUCAGAAACAAACUCUCCGACCUUCCCUCUUGAGGGCACUAGUGAGCUAAAAGUCACACAAUGAAAUUUGUUUUUUCCUCAAUACUUUAGGCUUAAAAGCAUUUCGGUAAAGUGCAGUUCAUAAGCAUAAUGCUAUAUCAUAGACUUCAUAAUGAUAUUGGGACACUGGUCGCAAAGCUGAUU